AGUUAAAGGCUAUGCAUUUCACUUAAUCUCUAGGAUCUAGGUUCACUCACUGUCCAUUUAAAUGUUCUAUUUCCAUCCAAAUUAGAAAGUUGCCUGAAGAAAGCAGUACCAGUUCCACAACUACUCUAGCUUCUCCAGGGAUGAACUGGCUCAUGGACAGUUGAUAAAAGUGUUCAGUGUAUGACUUAUUAGUUGUGAAUUAGCUAUAAUACAAUUCUAAAAUGUUAACAAGUAAAUUAUUAAGAAUAAAUGUGAAUGCAUUGAAGAGGUUUUUGUGGACUGUUGAGUCGAGAGGUGAUGAUUUAGUUUUGAAAGAAGAUGGUAAAGAAGAACUCCGUUAUCCUCACAUUUGGUUGCGAGACAACUGUCAGUGCCCGUCAUGCUUUCAUAAGACAUCAAGUUCUCGAGUCAUCAAUAUUGAACAGUUUAAAUUUGAUUCUUGGCCCAUCAAAACUUCUAUAAGUGAGUUAGCUCUGGACGUAAGCUGGUCAGACAAUCACAAGAGUCACUACAGUCUGCCAUGGUUGCUGGCACGUCAGUUCAACCCACACAGUCAAGCGGAGUGGCUCCAUACCUCCUACAGGCCCUCUCCUCGGCCCUGGACAGCCUCUGACUUUCAAAAUAUUCUUCAGCGAUUCAAUUUUCAAGAUAUUUUAGAAAGGGAUGAAGUGCUAUUAAGAUGGUUGGAGAGUUUAGCUGUGGAUGGAGUGGCUUUGGUAGAGGGAGCUGGCACAGAAACUGGAAAACUCCAACCUCUCGCAAACAGAGUGGCAUUCCUCAAACAGACUUACUAUGGAGAGACGUUUGCAGUGAGAGCAAAGCCUGGCACCAGCAAUGUGGCUUAUCUCAGUGGACCUUUGCAGCUGCACACUGACUUACCCUACUACCACUACAAGCCUGGGGUAGGUACAGUACAGGUUAACAUGCUGCACUGCGUGAAUCAAGGAGAGGGGGAGGGAGGGGAAAGUCAGCUGGCGGAUGGACUAGCAGUCUGUGACUGGCUGCGAGAACACCACCCCCACCAUUAUUGGAUACUGUCCACUGUACCAGUCGAAUGGGAGGAUAUCGUCAUAGAAGAUGAUAAAGAAUACCACUCCAUCUACAGAGCUCCUAUCAUCUGUGAGGAGCCAGGAGGGGAGGUGGUGAGGAUCAACUGGAGCCAACCCCAGCGUAGUUCCCAUUUCUGUGUACCUGUGGAUCAGGUGACACCAUGGUACAGAGCCCUGCAACUGUUCACACAACACAUGCACAGUAUCCACAGCAAAGUCCUCUACAAGAUGUCUCCAGGUGAAAUCCUAACAUUCAACAAUAUUCGAGUGUUCCAUGGACGCUCUACGUAUCAAGGAGAUAGGCACCUGGAGGGGGGAUACUUGGACUGGGACUAUGUAUACUCAAGGAUUCGAGUCCUGCGAAAACAUCAGGACACCUCUAGUCAAUCACAGAAACAAAAUUUUGAAGAGUAUCACCUUCAAGGACCUUAUGAGUAAAGACUGCCUGUACAUCAAAUUAAUUCAUCGGCAGGGAAAAUAUUGUUAGGUCUUCAACGUUUGUUUUAUUUGCAUUUUUCUACGUCUUCCUUCAGGAACAGAAGGUGAAUUUAAGAUUUUUAAACACUAAAUUUUCUCUGUAUGGAUUUAUGACUGAGGCCAUUUUAAAAAUAAAUGUAAACAAAAUUAAUUCUGAAACAUUUAGUUAAAUGGAAUAGCUUAUGAAUUUAUUUAAGAAUAUGCAAAAAUACAACUCCCAUACCAAAUGUGAUAUAAUGUGUAGAGAAGAUACUUCAUAGAAGAUAGAUAGAUCUUACUUGAAAUAUUAACAUGUUUAAUAUAUUUUUUAAAUUUUCUAUAACUGCUUUCUUUGUGCAUUAAAUUAUAUCAAAAACAUAAAAGGUGAGGAAUAAGUUAAAAAAAUUUAAAAAAUUGGUCCAUACAGUACUAUAUUAUUGGCAUUAACUCUCAGUCAAUUUUACCUAAAGACUCACAUGGUUUAUUCAGCAGAUCUGUUAAAAUUUUUUUAAGAUAAAACUUGAAAUUUUAUUUGAUUACCAUUUACCAUCUUCAAUUUCCAAUAUUGUUUUUGACAAUAUUUCAUGUAAAAUUUCUAUUUUACAUUUUUGUAGCCUGAAAUUGUUUAUGUAUUUUCUAAUUUUUCCAAAUUUGAAAUGGUUGACUUACCGAUAUACUCUAGUUAUUAAGUUUAUUCCUCUGUACAAUUUAUACUAAUGAUUUUUAUAAGUAAUGAUGAUAAAUAAAGAUGAUUCUGAUUGAGUACAAUUUAA